UUAUCACUCUCGAGCAGAUCAAGAACGAGACUGUUGAUCUGGAACGAGUUCCAAUUGAGGAAGUGUUUGCCCAGCUGAAAUGUACCAGAGAAGGUUUGAGCUCAGAGGAAGGAGCCAACAGGCUUCAGAUCUUUGGACCCAACAAACUAGAAGAGAAGAAGGAAAGCAAAUUUCUCAAGUUUUUGGGUUUCAUGUGGAAUCCGCUCUCCUGGGUCAUGGAGGCUGCUGCUAUAAUGGCCAUUGCGCUGGCUAAUGGUCAAGGCAAGCCCCCGGAUUGGCAAGAUUUUGUUGGUAUUAUCUGUUUGCUGGUAAUCAACUCCACAAUCAGUUUCAUUGAAGAAAACAAUGCUGGUAAUGCUGCUGCUGCUCUUAUGGCCGGUCUUGCUCCUAAAACUAAGGUUCUUAGGGAUGGCAAAUGGAGUGAGGAUGAGGCUGCAAUUCUGGUUCCUGGAGACAUCAUUAGCAUCAAACUGGGGGAUAUCAUCCCAGCUGAUGCUCGUCUCCUUGAGGGUGAUCCUUUGAAGGUCGAUCAAUCUGCACUCACUGGAGAAUCCCUUCCUGUUACAAAGAAUCCAGGGGAUGAAGUGUUCUCUGGUUCUACUUGCAAACAAGGUGAAAUUGAGGCUGUUGUUAUCGCCACUGGUGUACAUACAUUCUUUGGAAAGGCUGCACAUCUUGUGGAUAGCACUAAUCAAGUUGGUCACUUCCAGAAGGUGCUUACAGCCAUCGGAAACUUCUGUAUUUGUUCCAUUGCAGUCGGUAUGCUGGUUGAAAUCAUAGUCAUGUACCCAAUCCAACACCGCAAGUACAGGGAUGGAAUUGACAACCUAUUGGUUCUCUUGAUUGGUGGGAUUCCCAUUGCUAUGCCCACUGUCUUGUCCGUGACGAUGGCUAUUGGGUCUCACAGGCUGUCUCAGCAGGGUGCCAUCACUAAACGUAUGACUGCAAUUGAAGAAAUGGCCGGUAUGGAUGUUCUCUGCAGUGAUAAGACUGGGACACUAACUCUUAACAAGUUGAGUGUUGACAAAAACUUGAUUGAGGUGUUUGUAAAGGGUGUGGACAAAGAACAUGUCUUGCUGCUUGCUGCAAGAGCCUCCAGGACAGAAAAUCAGGAUGCUAUCGAUGCAGCCCUUGUUGGAAUGCUUGCUGAUCCAAAAGAGGCACGCGCUGGUAUUAGAGAAGUCCAUUUCUUACCAUUUAAUCCGGUGGACAAGAGAACUGCUUUGACAUACAUUGACAGUGAUGGCAACUGGCACAGGGCUAGCAAGGGUGCCCCGGAGCAGAUCUUGACCCUCUGCAACGCCAAGGAAGACCUCAAAAAGAAGGUUCAUGGUGUUAUUGAUAAGUUUGCUGAACGUGGUUUGAGGUCAUUAGCUGUGGCUAGACAGGAAGUACCUGAGAGAACGAAAGAAAGCCCUGGUGCUCCAUGGCAAUUUGUUGGUUUGUUGAAUCUUUUUGAUCCUCCUAGGCAUGAUAGUGCAGAAACCAUUCGCAGGGCUCUCAAUCUUGGUGUUAAUGUCAAGAUGAUUACUGGUGAUCAACUUGCCAUUGCAAAGGAAACUGGCCGCAGACUUGGAAUGGGAACAAAUAUGUAUCCCUCUGCCUCCUUACUUGGUCAAGAUAAGGAUGCAAGCAUAGCUGCCCUUCCUGUAGAAGAGUUGAUUGAGAAAGCUGACGGGUUUGCUGGUGUCUUUCCAGAGCACAAAUACGAGAUUGUGAAGAAAUUACAGGAGAGAAAACACAUUUGUGGAAUGACUGGAGAUGGUGUUAAUGAUGCUCCUGCUUUGAAGAAGGCAGAUAUCGGUAUUGCUGUUGCUGAUGCUACAGAUGCUGCACGAAGUGCUUCAGAUAUUGUUCUUACAGAGCCUGGUUUAAGUGUUAUUAUCAGUGCAGUGCUGACCAGUAGAGCUAUUUUCCAGAGAAUGAAGAACUAUACUAUUUAUGCAGUCUCGAUCACAAUUCGUAUUGUGUUUGGUUUUAUGUUUAUUGCUUUGAUAUGGAAAUUCGACUUUGCGCCAUUCAUGGUUUUGAUUAUUGCCAUUCUAAAUGAUGGUACAAUUAUGACUAUCUCAAAGGACAGAGUUAAGCCAUCUCCCUUGCCGGAUAGCUGGAAACUAAAAGAGAUUUUUGCUACUGGAAUUGUUCUUGGAGGCUACUUGGCUCUAAUGACUGUCAUAUUCUUCUGGGCGAUGCAUGACACAGAUUUCUUCACUGAAAAAUUUGGCGUGAGAUCUUUGAGGCAUAGGGACCAUGAAAUGAUGGCUGCUCUGUAUCUACAAGUGAGUAUUAUCAGCCAGGCUCUAAUUUUUGUCACUCGGUCACGCAGCUGGUCUUUCAUAGAACGCCCUGGACUCCUUCUGGUCACUGCUUUCAUCAUUGCACAACUGGUGGCAACCCUGAUUGCUGUAUAUGCUAAUUGGGGAUUUGCUAAGAUUAAAGGAAUUGGCUGGGGUUGGGCUGGUGUCAUAUGGCUUUAUAGUGUUGUUUUCUAUGUCCCACUGGACUUGAUGAAGUUUGCCAUUCGUUACAUCUUGAGUGGGAAGGCCUGGCUCAAUUUGCUUGAGAACAAGACUGCUUUCACCACCAAGAAGGAUUAUGGUAAAGAGGAGAGGGAAGCUCAAUGGGCACUUGCUCAGAGAACCUUACAUGGGCUCCAACCACCAGAAGCUACUAAUCUGUUCAAUGAUAAGAGUAGCUACAGAGAGUUGUCUGAGAUUGCUGAGCAGGCCAAGAGACGAGCUGAGGUCGCAAGGCUUCGGGAGCUUCACACACUCAAGGGGCAUGUAGAAUCUGUUGUGAAGCUGAAGGGGCUGGACAUCGACACAAUCCAGCAACACUACACCGUGUAGAGACCUGCGAAACAAAGAAUUGUUGAGAGAGAGAGAGAGAAAGAGAGAGAAGGGAUGUUGUUCAAUGGAAAUAUGAAGAGAAGGGCUAAUUUAGUUUUUUUUUUUUUUUUUUUGAAGACAUGUUAAAUGGGGAGAGCAUUGUUUAUUGUUAUAACUCUCCCCCCUUCUUGUUUUAUUUUCCUCUGUUAUGUAUUAUUUCCAGAAGGAAGGGUUUAAUUUAUGUUUUGGCUACUUUGUUUUAACUCCAUUUAAGGAGCAAAGUACUUGCUACUUGUCACA